AUACGACGCUUACUUGACUUGAUUAAUACUAAUAUUAAUAAUAAUAUGUUGCGUAAACGCAGAUUUCAAGAAAGGGCGAAGGACAAAGCGUUAGCGGCCACCAGUUUUCUGGAGCUCACCGUUUGUCUAGACGCUGCGGGUUCCGCCUACGGAGAUCUCAUUGCGGCGUCAUCAGAAAAUGAAGCUCCUAACCCUCACCUGAAUGGGCAGUACACGCAUUUCAACUUCUUCUAUUCAAGAAACUUUCUUGCGGGCUACUGCUCACCGUGUGACUACAGGGACGUCCUGCGCAAGAUCACCGUGCUCGGUCUCGCCGGCGCUCCGUCUAGGGUGGAGUUCAACGGCAAGGAAUUGAGUUUCAACGUUAACAAACAGGUUCUUAUGGUCGAAGCUGCCUACCACAUAUUGACCGAGCCUUUCAUCAUGAAACUGACAUAGGCUAUGUUUUUUAUGAGGAAUAAAAGA